ACCUGCAGCUGCCUAACCUGGAAAGAAGGCGCAAGAAUGCCCUGUGAGACGGUGUGGAGGACCCGCCACAUACACGCACACAGGAAGAAGUGACGAGACUCGGAUAUUGGUGCUAAGCGUCAUCUUCUUGGCUGAGAAGAAGAAGAAGUUCACGUCAGAAGUAGUCUUCAUUAAGCAGCAGAGAUGAGAUUGAACUUUUCUACAAGUUGGAUAGUCCGAGGCUGGAUGACGUGUGUCCUCGUGACCUUUUACGCACAGAAUGCGAUCUCCAAAUCUCUCCAGUGUGAUGAAAAGCAGUACUUAAGUAAAAGCUCCAGGUGCUGCAAUAAGUGUGGGCCAGGCUUCCGUGUGUUUACUGAGUGCACUGGUUCCGUCCAGACUAAAUGUGUCAAAUGUAGUAGUGGUGAAUACCAGCCCGGAUGGACUGAAAAAACGCGCUGUUUACAGCAGAAGUUCUGUGACGAAGUUAAGGGUUUUAUGAAGAUGCCUGAAAACCUUGAGGCAGAAGAGUCGUGCCGCUGCCUAUCCGGCCUCCAAUGCCAUCCCAUCAACUGUGAGUGGUGUGAGCAGAUACCCCCCUGCAGAGCUGGAGAAGGACUCGAGGUAGACCCUGAGUCUCCUUAUGGAAGGAUGAUCUGUGUUGCGUGUAAGAAAGGCUACUUCUCUGAUGAAAAUACUCACAAUCAAUGCAAACCAUGGACUAAUUGUAAGGCUGAGGGCCGGAGUGAAACGCAACCAGGCAGUGCAAAGGCUGACGCAGUAUGUGGACAACCUUUCUCUGGUGCAGGACCCUCCUGGGUCAUAGUUUCAGUGCUGUCAGUUAUCACUGUUCUGUGUCUCCUCAUUCUGCUCCUCUUCUGCUACAAGGACAAACUGAAAUUACUCUCUGUAAAUCUGCGAUCCUGUGUCCAGAAUCUGAAGAGGACUAGGAUACAACAGGAGACCUUGGCCCCUCUGUACCACAGUGGAGCAGGAGGAGGAAUAGGAGGAGGCCCUGGAGGCUCCAAAUGUACACCAUGUGAGCUGACCAAACUCUACCCACCCCCCCGCAGCCCCACUGAUGAGCCUCUAUGCACCUUCCCCACCUCUGUCUCCGAUGUCAAGAUCUCACUGCCCUUCACAGGGGAAAUGAAAGAGGAAGAAGGGACCAAAGGCAAGACAGUGAUGGAGGAUCAGAGUGAAGGGUCUGGAGAACCUGAGGAGGUGUCAGAAGAAGAGGAGGUUGUGAGUGUGCUUCCUCUUUUGGCAGGUUCUUGCGUGUGUGUCAUUCCCAUCCAUGAGCCACUGGAAGUAGGUGAGAAUGAGGACUGUAGCCAGGCUGUCAGCCCCGGGACUCCAGGAACCUGCUCAUGUGGAGGGCUUGAUGGAGAUGAGAGUGGGAAAGAGGAGAAAAGUGAGAGUGUAAGGGCAGACAAUGGAGAAAAGGGUGACGGAAACCAAGAAAAGAUGGUUUUGUCCAAGAGUGAGACAAGUGUUGCGGCUCUUGACUCUCUUUCUCCUCCUUUCUUCCACACCUCCUCUGUAAUCACUCCCUCCGGUCCAAUUCCUGAACUCUGCCUGCCGUUGUCUCAGGCUCAUGUGAGGCCGGAGUUCAAACCUGACCUGACUGACAGAUCACUGGUAAAACAAAAGGACUUAUACAGAUUGGCAAGCACAGACUCCACCUUAACAGAGAAAAACCCCACGGUGACCUCGGUCAGCCCCUUGAUGACAUCCUCAUCUGUUGGAGAUCUCUACCUGGACAAGCCCCCUGAGUCCUCGAGCCCGGAGCAAGGCCUGGGACUUUCCUGGAGGGAUAGUAGGGGAAACAAGCUCUCUUCUGUGGAGUCGGAACUGGAGUGCUCACCUGAGAGCCUCCAUAGUCAGCUGGCUGAGCCAACUCUUACCUCAGGUCAGGUGUCUGGGAACAACAACACCACCUUCAUCUCCAGCGGUCAGGUGAUGAACUUCAGCGGUGAUGUCAUCGUCGUCUAUGUCAGCCAGACGUCUCUCGGCAGCGAGGAGACGGGGCAGGACCAUGCCUUUGGGAGCCCUGUCCAGGAGGAGGCCAAUGAGACGGCCCCGUUCUUCCAGAGCAGCCUGAGGUCACAAGGGGACUCUGUCUCCUACAGCACCCUGCAAGACGAAACACUGCCAGUCCAGGAAGCGAUGGAGGAGCGGCCACUUGGAAAAUGAAAAGGGAUCAGUGGCUCUUUAUUUGUCAGUGCAGUGAUCAUCUCCGCAAUCAUCAGUUAUCACAAAAAUGAACUCCUAUCAUUUCUGGUGGUAACCUUACAUAUCAUACACAGCUCCAAAUGAAAUUACAAAAUGAACUGAAAAAAAACACCAUCUGUCAUUUGUCUAUCACACCAGCUCUCCAUUCAUGAACAAGGAAAGGGAGGCCUUUACUUAAAGGCAGGUGAUUGAGAGAGCAACAUUUAGAGAUGUGAAGCUAUCAAUCUAUGCCUAUAUAAUUUGUUUGGAAUGUAAUCUUCUGUAUCCUGUCCCAUUUCACACAUUAGUUAGUAUGAAUUUUGCCUCAGGCAUCUCUAAAGUGCCUUUUUUCAUUGUACAGUGGAAAGCUGCAGGCUUUUUCAGAUGGAAACUCCCUCCAUUCCAGACAGUGAUGGGGAACUUUGUUGGGAAUUUGAUGUGGAACUAAAAUCCAGACUGGAAGAACGUCAUGUUUUUUAUUGUUGUGUGGAAAUUGCAGCUGGGUUUUGAUACAAAGAAGUCACUACAUUUUUCAUUUGCCACCUUCCAUCACAGAAUGGCCCAGGUUAAAAUUUGAAUACUCCUAGCUUUAAAUUUGGAUGAUUUGAAGAGUUUCCUUACAUAACAAAAUAUCCACCAUGUGGAAAUAAUUGUGUUUGCUCUCACUAAAUCAUGCCACGAAAGUACUAAUAUUGUUUGGUGUGAUGUUUGGAACAAAAUUCAAUCUAUUGGCUACAUCUGGCAGGGUAGAAUUUAAGUUCGUGAAAAAAACAAUAAAAACCUUUAAAUGAAUUUAAAGCAUUUCACAGAGUGAAUUUUCAGGGUUUAACAGAAGCUUUUUUGCAGUAAAGAGACACAUCCAGUUUUGGUACGACUUUUUUUAUUCUCUUCUCAUUGCACCACAAGUGCAGUUUGCGUCUAAGAAAAGAAAAUGCUGUGCAUUUGAUAAGCUAUUUUAUUACUGGUCUGUUUUGUUUCAUUAUGUUUUAAUGUGCAAGCCUAAAUGAAGAAAGUAAAAUGUCAGCCUGUUUCUAUUUAGUUUUAAUUAAUUUUACAAAGUCAAUUGUUUAUGUAUUAUUUCAGAUGAUGCAUAUGAGAUCAAUGUUUAUGUAUAUUUCAAAAGAAGCUUGAUGCAUUUUUGAAACAAGAAUGAAUAUUCUGUUUGUGCUUUCUUGCGUUUGAUCUGAGGUGUGGAUGUGCCAUUAACAGCCGGCAAAAUGCACACUACAGAAGUUAAAAGGGACAGUUACAACCUCACCUUAUGUAUGCCGCCUUAAAAUAAUUAUGUACAUAUCAAUCAAAGCUAUUGCAAUGAAUGACAAAGAAUAUUUUGAUUGGAAUUAAAUAUGUUUUGCAUCUAAUCCUUUCAGGGAUGGCUGCUAUCCUGCA